CAGAUCAAGGAUAUAAACUCCUGAGUGUUCUCACUACAGUUUGACCAUUUCAAGGCUGGAUUUGGUUUAAAAACUUGAGGGAUUCACAGGGUGAUUGUGAUGGAGAUGACAGGAGGACAUGAUAACCUGCACCAUAUCGCUGACUCCAGUUUGAAUGAGAGCAUGUCGUUGUUAGCUCACCCAUACCAGCCCAGUGGCAUCAGGGUGACCCUGGAGAACGCUGAUCUCUGGCAGUCCUUUCACAGCAUCGGUACAGAGAUGAUUAUCACAAAACAUGGAAGGAGGAUGUUUCCACACUGCAGCGUCAGGGUAUCCGGGCUCCAGCCUUUUACCAACUACGUCAUCACGAUGGACAUUGUUCCUGUAGAUGGCUUCAAGUACAAGAUCAUCCUGCUCUCCAUGCAUCGUUACUACCCGAGGUUUCAUGUGGUCCAGGCAGAUAACCCGUACACUCUCCGCUGGGGCUCUGUGCAGAGCUUCUCAUUCCCAGAGACGGCGUUCACUGCAGUCACUGCUUACCAAAACCCAAAGAUUACCAAACUGAAAAUUGAUCACAACCCCUUCGCUAAAGGCUUCAGGGAAGGAGGCACUCAUUCUCACAGUAAGAGGUUGUCAAAUAAAAGCCCCCGUGCUAAGAGACCCACACUGGACAGGGAUGACUUGAGCAACAGCUCUCCAAGCCUGCAGAGGAUGCUCUCCACCUCUCAGUUCACACAGACUGAGGAGAGUCGGGCCUCCACACAGCAGUCACUGAAGGGAGGUCACCUUUCAGGCUCAGCUCUGGAGCCGUCUGAGAAUAUACACGUUGAGCCCCUGGUGCUGCGGGAGUACAACUGCAGCAGUGAUGAACAGAUGGUGCCUGCUUCCGUGCCAUACCAACCAUACAGGUCUGAGUAUGGUAUGCUCCCAUACCCUUCCAGAGAUCCAGACGGUGCGCAGAUCAUCCUCCACCCCCCUCCUAAUUCACGUUCUGCAGUUGAACCUUGCAUCCAACAUGGCUACUUCCACCAGUAUAACACCACAGCAGACUGGAGCCAGAGCCCUGUCCUGUCAUACACAACUUGGUAAAGAUUGAUCUUUUUUUAAGGUAGUGAAAUUGUUGGAUGAUGACUAUACGAAAGAACUAAAGGAUUGUGAUAGACAUGGAGGAAUAACUGACCUUCCACUUGUUUUAUUUCCAUUAGCUUGGAUUAUAUACAGCAGCAACUUAAAAUAGUCUGUUUUAAUGGACGAAAAAAAAAUCUGUUUAGCUUGAGGUUUUAGCUUUUGUGUU